AUGUUUCAGAGAACCUUCCUCAGACAGGCCCAGCGGUCUCUCCGCUCUGUGCGCCCUACCUCCAUCAACACCUCCGCCUUCCGUCGCACGCCGCAGCUCCCCCAGUCUGUCCGCGCGAUUGCUCCUCAGUCUGCCUACCGGUUUUACUCUACCGAGAACAAGGCUGAGAACGGCGAGAAGAAGGAAGGUGAAGCUGCCCAGGAGGCUGAGGACCCUGUCCGCAAGGAGCUUGAAGAGAAGAAGAAGGAGGUCGUUGAGCUGAAGGAUAAGCUCCUUCGCUCGAAGGCCGACUUCCUCAACCUGCAGGAGCGCACCAAGCGUGACAUGGAGAACUCUCGUAACUUCGCUAUUCAGCGCUUUGCUGGCGACCUUCUCGAGUCCAUUGACAACUUCGACCGUGCCCUCCUUGCUGUGCCCAAGGACAAGCUUGAUGCUCCUCAGACUGAGGAAAACAAGGACCUGUUGGAGCUCGUCUCCGGUCUGAAGAUGACUCAGAACGUCCUUCUGAACACCUUGAAGAAGCACGGUCUUGAGCGCUUUGACCCUAGCGAGCCCACUGAGGAGGGCAAGACCCAGAAGUUCGACCCCAACCUUCACGAGGCCACCUUCAUGGCCAAGGUUGAGGGCAAGGAAGAUGGUGACAUCAUGUACACCCAGAGCACCGGUUUCCGCCUUAACGGCCGCGUUCUUCGCGCUGCCAAGGUCGGUGUCGUUAAGAACUAG